AUGUCUGAGCUGCCUGCUUUCCACCGUACAUCCCUCCUAUUGCUUUGCAUUCUGGGUAUGACCUUGGUGACAUCUGGCUUCCCUCAGGCUCGACUACCUCUCAGUAGUCCUGAUGAUUCAGAGGAGCAUACGCGAGACGACUGGGGUGUUGUCUUUCCCUCAAUCUCUCUACGUGAUUGGAGCAUUCAAAUGAUGUCGGCACCUAGCCUAGGAGCGGCAGCCAAUAGCAAGACAGGACUGAUGAGAGAGGCUUGGCUCUUUUCCCCAGAGAGUGCAGAGGCAAGCGUGGAGAGGGUGUGGCCCGCUGAGUGGUCCUCUCAGGAUGCGGGCAUGGUGAAGAGGAACAUGGUGGUGGCCGACGACGCCGCUUUCAGAGAGAAGAGUAAGCUGCUCACCUCCAUGGAGAGACAGAAGUGGCUCAACUCCUACAUGCAGAAGUUACUGGUGGUUAAAUCGUCAUGA